UGCGUGCGUGUGUGUACGUCAGUCUGCAGGCGGCUCCUCUCAGAAGUGUCGGUCUCACGAACAAGUUGAGACAGAAGUGAAGGUGUGGCAGCAGUCAUGAGGAGGAGGCAUAUUUGUGCCAUUCAAGUGUCACGGUGGAAACUUCGUAGGACUUUUCCUGAUGUCUAUCUUCACUCCGCGAGCCUUUUGAGUUAAUGUAUGUGAGCAUAAUAGUGUUGUAGGAGGGGGGAGGUCUGAGGGGGGUGCGACUGAGCGAGCCGACAAGAAAUCUGGACACAGAAGCGUCGCAGGUUGGAUUUUGCUUUCUUUGGGGACCUGAAUUGGUGCUGCUGGAUUCCGAACCUUCAGUUCAUGAGAUCUGGCGAAACCCAACGAUCUACCAUGAAGAGAACUUAACUGCUGGUUGAACAGCCUCCUCUGCUUUAUUCAGCAGGCUGUGCUUCACUGCAUCUCUGAUCUCUUCUCAACCCUUAUUUCUGGCCUUUACUUGUCUUUUUCACUUUUUUGCAGCACUUCCUUUUUCCACCUUUCUCCAUCACUUGUCAUACAGCCACCAUGCGUAGAUUCAGCUCAGAGGGAUCCCUCCUGGACCUUGACUUCCUUCCUUGGAAGAGGGUGGCACUGAAGAACCCAGAUUAUGAGAAGAACCAGGAGUCUGGAGGUCAGCCUGUCUGAGUCCCAUCAUCCAAGGAGCCCUUAGCGAGUGCCAGCGAGGGCAGCAAGAGGGAGCUUGCUAAGGAGCACAGCAUCAGUGUAGAGAACCUUAGCGAGCUUGGGAAACUGGAGAAGAGCCACCUAAGAGUGGUGUCCAUCAGUGAAGGCUGCAGAGCCUACAGUGACAGCCAGCUGGCCCCGGCCGCCCAGGGCAGCACCGAGAGCGUGGAGAGAGAUGACCUGCCUCCCCCAUCUCCUUCGUUGUCCUCCAAUCCCUUCUCCUUCAAAUUCCAGCACAGGCACCACCAUAAACCCAAACUGUCAGCUGCUAAACUGCACCUCAAGAGUCUGUUUGGGCAGAGUCCUCAUUCCUCAAACUCCAACCUGUCCAAUGCAGAACAAAAAGACAGCGCUAAAGAGAGGAGGUCUCGCUUGCUCUUCAUGCGUCAGUGGAGUCAGGUGGGCCAUAGUAAGAAGAGUAAGAUCAGUCGAGAAGAGCUGGAAAAAUGGGCAGAGUCCCUGAACGCCUUGCUGGCCAGUCAAACUGGUGUUUCAGUUUUUGCUGCAUUCCUGCGCUCUGAGUUCAGUGAAGAGAAUCUGCAGUUCUAUCUGGCCUGUGAGCAGUACAAACACUCAUCCAACAACUUCAGCCUGCAGAGGAGGGCCAAGGACAUCUGCAACACCUACAUCCAACCAGGUGCUCCCCGGGAGGUGAACCUGGACAGUAAGACCAGAGAUCUGACCAUCCAACUGCUGCAGGCUCCCUCUCACACCUCUCUGUCCCACGCACAGAAACGCAUCUAUUCGCUUCUGGACACAGACUGUUAUCCCCGCUUCCUCCAGUCCAACAUCUACCUCUCCUUACUCCGAGAGGCUGACUAGAAACCACAUGUUGAUGACAUCCCUGGACUCAGGAGGAGGAAGGACUUCAGUGGUUUCCUGUUGCAAAUUUCCACAUUAACACUGUAGAUCAUAAAACUAAAUAUGUCUUCAAAAGAUACAGAUGAUCUGUAGGAAGUUUGUGUGAAAAAAUAUAUCUAGAAUAUACACUGAUCAGCAACAACAUUAAAACCACUUGCAUAAUAUUGUGUAGGUCCUCCUGUGUGUCGCUAAAACAGCUCUGACCCGUCAGGGCAUCGACACGGGACCUCUGAGGGUGUCCUGUGGUGUCUGGCACUGGGAUAUUUGCAGCGGAUCCUUUGGUCCUGUGGGUUGCAGGGUGGGGCCUCAACAUCUGGUUUGUUCUGGUGCAUCCCACAGAUGUCCAAUCAGAUUUGGAUCUGUGGGAUUUGGAGGUCAGGUCAACACAUUGGGCUCUUUGUCGUGUUCCUUUGUCCUGCCAUUUCUGAGCAGUUUCUGUGGUGUGGUGGGAGCACCGUCCUGCUGGGUGAGGCCCCUGCCAUUGGGGAGUGCAUUUGCCAUGGGGAGGUGUGCUUGGUCUACAACAAUGUUAAAUUGGGCAUUGGCAUGUAUCAAAGUAACAUCCAGAUGAAUAUCAGGCCCCAAGGUUUCCCAGCAGAACUUUGUAUUGUAAAGAGAUGAUCAAUGUUAUUCACUUCACCUGUCAGUGGUUUUAAUGUUGUGGCUGAUCAGUGUAUAUGUUGAUACCCAGUGGACACUGUGUGUAGAAAUGUAUCAGUUAAAUUAGUGGAUCAGUAUUUUGGGGAAUGAGUUCAGUGAGAUAUUCAGAUUGAUAUCUACAUGUCAUGUCUGUGUUCAUUACUAACCUAGAGUCAGUCUAUCUUAGUUUAAAGACUGGAAGCAGGUGGCUGGUUCUGUCAAAAGUUCAAAAGUCUAACAAUCAGCACUUAUGAAGCUGAAUUAUUUAUACAUUACAUGUUCUCUUUUGAGCCUUGUCAUCACACCAGGUUGUUGUCAGGUUUGGUGCCAUUGGACCUGUGCAGAGACCAAAAUCUGUGCUAACUGACCCUAUCUGCCAAUCUGUACUUUUUACUAAUGGGGGCUGGGUGGAGGUAAACAAGGCACCAUUUAUGCAGUGACAGCUUACAUAAAUCAGCAUAAUAGCACUUAAGGGUUGGAUGGGUGUUUGGGGGUUGGGGGUUGGGGCACAACAUGGAUGGAUGGCUUGUCCAGAAAUGAAACUGCAAACCCUCCCUCCUUUUUACAUGUCAUCUGUUUGUGUACAGAUUAAACAAAUGUGAUACAGCACGUUAAUUGUAGCAUUUAAGGGUUGGUAGGUGCAUAUUUUUAACUUUGGGGAGGAGAGUUUGUGUUAACUGUUUCCCCCUGCUUCCAGUCUUUAUGCUAAGAUAACCAUGUCCUGACUUCAGGGUUGGGACACAGAAAUCCUCUCAUCCUGCUUUUUGAAAAAAAAAGAAGAAAACUAUUAUUUCUUAGGAUGUAAAUAUAUUCUUUAUUUGACUUCCUGUUGGGUUUGAGCUGUAGCAGGAGCUACAUUUGGCCCCAAGAGUUUGGAAAAAUAGACGAGGCAGUUUUCUUUCCCCUCACUUUACAUGACCCAUGAAACUAUGCAGCUCUCAUUUUAAUCAUUAAACAUCCUCCUUGUAAGCAGCUCAUGUCCCCAUGGUCCAAUAAGCUCAGCCUGAGUUUCCUCUGCUGACAGAGAGGAAAAACAAGUUCAACAAGAAUGAGCUCUUUACUGAAAAGGUCAGAGUACUACGUGAGUUGACUUGUAUGGCAAAGGUGGGAAACUUGAGCAAAUUGACUCUGACAGGUAAAAUGACUACAGAGCUACAGGGAAGUUGAAUUCAGUCUACCCCUAAAUACUCAAUAUAAUAGCUUCAGUAAACAACUGGUAAUUGAAGUAGGUUAUUUUUCAGAAGUAUUUUGAGUAGCAUUUCCUUGAAUGUUGCUGUUAAUAUUUAAACACCCGGAGCAUAAAGGAACAGAGAAUAGCAUGAGUGUUUGAGUUUUUUUUCUUUAGAAAAUAAUAAAAUCCAGUCUUUCUA